AAAUGUUCGACUAAACCAGCGGCUACAACAAAUGCCCGAAUAGUACGUCAUGUAACAUUUCGCUUUACGUCUUCAUUCCCACCAUGACUCACUUAACUCUUCUCUGUUUUAUUUUUCUUUCUUCCCCAAAAAUUCUCAAGUUUGUUUUCGGGUCUGAUGUGCCAGGCGAUUGCUUGAAAGACGGCAGCUGUGAAAAGGAACAUGGAAAUCACGAGAAAGAAAAGUACAGAGCAAAAGGUAAAGAUUGCUUAUUAAACUUUGAUGAAAUCAAAGGUUUGAACAAACUUGAAAACACCUGAUUAUUAAGCCUGCAUACAUUAACGUAUCAUACGUGCUUUUUUCUGAGAAAUUAAGUCUGUUACUUUUUUACAGACAACGUGUGUGCUUUUUAAUGAUGAUCAUUUAAAAAAAGACAAGCAUAUAUGGUAUCGAUCCAGUGGCGGAUCUAGACCGUCAGAAAAGUGGGGGCGCCGGUAAUCCAGAUCCUGAGAUAAGGAGGGGGCCCGGGGCCCGUUUCUCGAAGCUCCCGGUAAUUACCGGGCCCGUUAAGCUGUUUUGUUUUCCAUUAUAGAAGGGAGUUUUAAAAGUUUUGAAAAUGAUACAUUAGAGUUAUUAGCUAACGAAACAAAAUGGACUUCAUUAGAGGUCAGAAAACACCCUACUUUUCUUGAGACUUUGAUUUAAAAAUAUGAUUCCGGGCCCGUUAAGUUACCGGGACUUUCGAGAAACGGGCCCCCGGUCUCCAAAAAAUUAUAAGGGGAGGGGCGGGCCCCCUGGGCCCCUCCCCUAGAUCUACCACUGCAAUCACACCACCCUACAGCCCUGGGCCUGAUCCAGUAUAAUUUUUGCGGGCGACAAGAGGAGCCCGCAAACCUAAUCUCCAGGUUGUUAUUACGCAUGCAUCGCAUGUAUGUAGCCAGCAUUCAUUUGGGCUUCCACUAAGAAUGAAUGGAAUGCACACAACGCAAUCUGAUCACGUGCGUUUUGACCUUCUACCCUCGUAAAUCUGAUCAUGCGUGUUUUGACCAUCUGUCACGUGAAACUUGCGCAAAGCACAGCGUUGGAGCAAAAGCCUUUGGACCUCUGAUUUCCUAACCUUUGGUUAUUACUAGUAAUUAAGCUUAUUGUUAUAAUUUUCAUCAUAAUUAAGUCAGACCUUCCAAUCUUCACGAUUUGACCUUGAGACUCGCGGUUUGGGCAGUCAACUCAUGAUCUCACAAAUUAGCCUCCAAAUCUCAUGGUGAAAAAGAAAAUUGCCAGACAAUUCCGGUAGGAACGGCGUAAAUAUAUCAAAAAAACUGUCAUCAUAAUAGACAAAUAUUGUAUCAAUUUAAUUUUGGAGGGAAACCUGUAUCCAAUUCCAACCUCAUCCCUGUAAAAUGUAGGUUUGCUAAGGUCUGUGGGAAAACCCUUAUAGCAUACUCACUUGGCUACUUGCUGUCCUAUAGACCUGGAUAGCAAAACAGAAUUUUCUCAUUACUGCCAAAAGAGCAACAGGGCAGUAAAACAGAGACCACUAAUAGGGUAAAGAAUACCAUGACAAUUUGAAUAAUCUGCCGUUUUAGUUUUAUUCAAUACAUAUUUUCAAAAUCUCCAGGUUUGAGAUCCGAAAUCUCGAGGUUUUUGGGGGCUUUUUUCAAACACUCCAGAUCUGCAUGGUUUAGGAGUUGGAUGGUCUGUUAAUUAACAAUCAUUGCAUGAGGCCAUGUGAAAAAUUGUGCAGAUCGAGGUGGCUAUUAUCCACCAAGGCUCAAGGCUGAGGUGGAAAACAGCUUUUGAGAUCUGCAUAAUUCUUCAUAUCAAAUGAAAGUCAAAUUUAAUAAUAAAAUAAUUGUAUUACAGUCAAACCGGGCAAUCUCGGGUAACACUCCCAGUGACUGAAUUCUUGUGUUGAGUUCAUUCUAGCUACAGCUUGCUCAACCAAUAACUAGGCAAUUACACACGGUCCAAGAAACUUUGAUUAAAUUUUUUUACACAGGCAGCAGACUUGCCUUUACUGGUUACAAGCCUGCCAAUAGUAGUGAUAACUUUGUCAAAUGCUUGUAUUUUUUGUCCUUAGAAUCUUGGAAAACCUACCUUUCCGAAAUAAAGAAAGCCACAUCUCAAUAUACAGACUGCACAAACAAGAAAUGUGCCUGCUAUAGUGAUGUCAUUGAUGAUGAUUUGAGAGUUUGGAAGGACAAGGGAGGAAUAACGAAGAGUGAUUUUGAUGAAGCUGCAGGCCGUGGAGUCCAUUAUCAAAUUAUUAAUCAUAAAUUAUACAGAGAAAAGGACUGCAUGUUUCCAUUCAGGUCAGUUUAAAGUCAUCAAAGGAUAAAUAUUUAGGUACAUGCUUAUAGGUGAAUAUAAGUGAAUUCAGUCUCCCUGUAAAUUGGCAAAUGUACAUGCACGUAAAAAGUAUGUACAUGGUAUUCUGUUUUCUGGGACUGUGGCAGGAUUAGCUCAGUUGGUAGAUUGCAUGACUGCAGAGCAAGAGGUCGAUUCCUGGGGCUAGACCAACACUCAGGGUCUUAAAAUACCUGAGAAUCGAAGGUACUCCCUUUGCACUGCAUGCGGCUAGACCUUCACAUGGCAAGGAUGACCAGUUAGAGACUUAAUUCCAUCAGUACUUUCGUGCUAAAUACCUUGACACUCAAAUAAAGUGCUUUUUUAUAAUGAGAUUGACAUCUGUUCACAACACUUUAUUUUCUACUGUUUUCUUAAUUUUUUUUUCAUGCUGAAAUACAAUGUUACAGUUGGCCAAUGGUAAAAUCUAAGACUUGCAGAGGCCCAGUGACCAAGUGGUUUGAAGCCCUAACUUUAGAUCUCUGGUCCAGUUUGAAAUCAUUUUUGCCCUCUUGUUUCCUGUAGACAAGAAAUGCUACCCCACUCUGUCUCUGCUAACCCAGGUGUUCAAACCAUCUGAUAUACUGUUGCAAGGUGGCCCAGCACCCUGGGGGCAGUACUCAGUGUUCAAGGUCUCAAACAGAGAGGCUCUACCCGAAGGUCCAAUCCCAUACCCUUUUAUAUACCAUUAAUUUUUUAACAGAAAAGGUACCCCUUUUGUAUAUCUUCUAUUGACAAAUUUAAAUGGUACACCUUUCUCUAACCUAGUUGCUGUAAAUGCAAUGUCUUUUAGAUGUGAAAAAAUCACAAAACCAGAUCAUUUUCUGUCAGCCCUUUUGGGCCUUUUUACCAGCUGAAAUGACCAGAUUCUCCUACCUUUUAAUCAUAAUUAUAGUUCAACAAGUGAAAUCCCUACCUUUUCAUAUAAGGCUUGAAAAAGCUACCUCUUUAAGGUGGUUCCUUCAUAGACAGUAACCCCUCCCCUGGCUCCGCACAAGACUAGCAUCCCAUACAGGUGGUAGAAGGAAAUACUACGAUAAGUACUUCAUGUGACUAAAACCAAGUUAAGCUGACAGUUGCAAUGGUGGACUGCCUUCACCUUGUUUUGUGUUUGUCACCUCUAAUGUAUAAGCUGUGAUUAUAUUGUUAUUUUCAGAUGUAAAGGCGUGGAACACUUUAUUUUGAAGAUGAUUGAUAAACUUCCAGAUAUGGAGAUGAAGAUCAAUGUUAGGGACUAUCCACAGGUACAUGCUUAUCAUCCCCAGGCAAUCCUUGGUUUGACAAAAUAUCAAGCCCUAGGAUUAUGACAAUCUUUCGCUUCUGUGCCCAGAGAUCAUGGGAAACCAUCUGUAACAUUUUUUUGUUUCUGUGAGAAUUCAUGGGAACCCAUUUUUAUUUUUUUCUAAUGUACAGAAACGUGUUGUUAAACAUACUGAUACUUUAAAAUUAAAGAACAUUGAUCAGGGUACAUACUAUUAUUUACAAAAAACUUCAAUGUCUACUAAAAUGAUAGAAGAAAGUCAAUUUAAGUGUAAAGUGUGUGUGCAUUAGCAUCUAAAGCUCCAGACUCCUCUUUAAUCCAACUGAAGAAGUCUCACUUGAAAUGUUUGCCACAGAUGUUCUCCUUUCAUAAAUAGAUUUGGGCCUCAUCAUCAGUUCCAGGAUAUGUCACUGGGAAACUAUUUUUCGUUUCUGUUAUUUUAAGGUCAAGGAAACGACAUCGUACCUGAAACUGUUGUUACCAUGAAAUCCUAGGGCUUGAAAAGAACAAAAACUACUCAUCCUGGAUGACCAGAUAGGGCUCUUUUCGAGCCCUGUAGGUUAAUCACUGACAAUAGUAAAGUUUGUACCAUAGGAUUUUGAUCACAGACUUACAGUUUCAACCUGUCCACUAAGUACGAGUUAGUCUCCAUCAUUCACUCAGGAAGUGUAUGGGUUACUUCAGACAUAGUUAGUACUACUAACCACAUAAAAACAUGAAGCUUGGAUACAUAAUUAUGCUCAACUGAAAUGGAUCUAGGGAAGUCUGCUGACUGAGAUGUUGGUUCUUUUCUCUGGUAGAACUCAAAGUGGUCAAAACCAUUGCCUGUGUUCUCUUUCAGUAAGGUAGGGAUUGUAAAGACUUUAGUUUCACGUGAAUCACCCUCCCCCCCCUUUUUUAAAUUUUUUUAUUUUUUUUUAUUUUGCUUACUCGCGCACUGUAGUGCGCUAUUUCAUGUGGCACGUGCACGAGUAUGCCAUCAGGCACGUGAGCUAAUUUUAACGAACUUUUUAACGGUAUUUAGUCUUUUACACCCUGAAGAAGGCAGUAUUGCCAAAACGUCGGUAAAGAUUCUUAUAAUAACAGCGUCCGUUUUACAAUUUUUAAAUUAACAUUUAUAGGGAUUGUAAACCUUUUACUGUUAAAGCUGGUUGUUGUAUAAUCAUCUCAAAAUGUCCUCAGGCUAUUGAGACGAUCAUUUUGAGAACAUUACAACAGUCUCCCAGUUCAGAACCUGCUAGUGAUAUAACAAUCACUGGCAGUGACCACACCCUUAUCCUAUCAAUCCUCCACACACUUGUCACACUCCAUCUAUAAGUCAUAGGUUGUGGGAAUGGGUUGGUCUGUGCCUUGCAAUGUGGAUAAAUCAAAGAUAUGAGACUAAAACUAUGCCUGCUCAGGGAAUGGUGCAAAAAGAAGAAUUGAAGGGCUGUUUUCUUACUCCAGUUUUCAGAGAGUUAACACUAUUUUUUUGUCUGACUACAAUCCCGGGGGGGUACUCCCAUAUAUGGGUAUAUAGGUACGUGCCGCGAAAUAGGGUAUGGUUUUUGAGGUUCUCGGUCCUUAAAUAGGGUAUCUUUUUUGACCCUUUUGUUUCUGUGUCCCUGGUGUGGUCCUUAGAUAGGGUAGCUUAAUUGUAUUAUCUAAUACUGGAGUGUGAAAACGCCCGCCUAAAGGAACAUUUUUUUUUAAAACUAGGCUCAUUCUAGGCUUAUUUCAGAGAGGAAAUAAAGUUUUCCUGUUCAUGCUAUUAAUAAUGUUGUUUUUUCCUUGAAUAGGGUGUCAUUUUUCGCCUUUCAGCGUUAAAAAGGGUAUCACUUUUCGCUUUCUUAGUCCUUAAAUAGGGUUAGGGUUCACAAACCUUCGCGGCACACCCCUAUCCAAAAUUCGCGGGAGUACCCCCCAGUGACUACAAUGUAGCCCUUUGCUACAAUAAUGCAGAAAAGUCUUGGGCCAAAUUUGCAUUUGUGGAACUUUUUUUAAUCUUCACGUCUAUCCCCUGCCCCCACCAUACAUAAAACAUUGAACCCAUGUAUCCUUGAUAUUUUUGUUAAUUGAUCAUUUUUCCUAACAUUGCUCAGCACGGGAGGUGAAGAAAUGCAAGGCAUUUGUACAAGAUAGCACUACUUUAAAUAUAUGCAUCCUAAUAUUUACCUUAGUAGCAAGCACACAUGUUUGGGGUAUCGAGUCAGUAGUAUUCUUCUAGCCAGCUGUUUUGGCUCGCACUGGCAGUGCCCAAUACCCAACAAAAGAGAUCCUGCUCGCAGGCUGACAAACAUGCAUGACUUUUGUCCACCAUUGUAUGGCUGUCAUACACUGUUGACUUGAUAGAAUUUUGGACGUUUUUUUUCUUGUCUUUAGACAGCCAAUGAGUAUGACAUUAUGUACCCUGCUUGGACAUUCUGGGAAGGAGGUCCUGCUGUCUGGCCAAUUUACCCCACUGGACUGGGAAGAUGGGAUCUAAUGAGAGAUGAGAUCGAAAAGUAAGUUUUGUCGGGUUAAUUUUGGUCAAUGUAAAGUGAAAUAGUUACCUUGAUUUUUCUCUCUCUCCUCGCCGCUACGUUGCUCACUCUCUCUUUCGUGAGGAAAAAUUUCAAGGAAAGCCUCUGGGAGCAGGGUAUGAAAUAGAUGACAUUUGCCUAUCAAUGAAUUCUCAAGUAAGCACUUGAGCACCCCAUUUGAAUUCCUCAGUCUUCCAACUACCAAUAAUGAAAAUAGCAACUACCCACUCCAAUGUCAAUAAUCCUUCUUCCACCUCAGUAGUUUGUGGUAAACAAAGCUGAAAUGACUCAAAAUAGAGACCCAAACGACCUUUUCGGAACUAUAAACCAUAUAAAAAUUACACCGUGUGACAUGUAUGGUGAUAGGCUUAUCUUGAUUUCAAAACAGUGUUCUUAAGUAAGCCCUCACCCACCUUCCCCGUCGCUGCUCAAAUACACUACAUGGUAGUCUUUCCAAGGAAUAAACACCCUCCAGGUCCCAUUCCUGAAUAGACUGCGAGCGGUCUCUCUUUUUCUUCAGAUUUAGUGAGGAGAGUGCACGCGCGCGUCGAGAGACGCAGGAAACGAGGGUGGCAGUCAUGCGCGUGGUCAUUUGCGUGUCUCGAACGUUUUUCUCAAGAAUAAAGAGAGGCUGCUCAUAGCCUAAUUCCUGAAAGGCCUAUUUGAGUUAAUCCACAGAAGGCUGCGUGGCAUGCAUUUCCGCGCAAAUUCGUUCUUGCUCCAUCUUUUGCGUAAUAACUCGACUGGAAAUGCUUGCUAUGCCAGCUAAAUCCACAGUUGUAUUUACCUUAGAUUGUUUACAGUGACUUCUCAUGUUGGAAUAAGGCUCAACGAUAUUUUAUAAGUUCCAGUUUCUUGUUUUUAGGCUAGAAAAUUUUGUUCUAAACAGUGUAUGUUCAUGGUUAUUUACAGGAAAGCUAAAGAGUGGCCAUGGGACAAAAAGCAACCAAAAGCAUUUUUCAGGGGAUCAAGGUAAGGUAACCAAGUAACAAAAGCUUGAAAUGCAUUCCUGGCAGACAUUUGUCAGCAUUGUCAGUUUUUGGGCUUGUCAGGUUGCUCUUUUUUCAGCAAUGAUGGGUUGUUUUAAGUGUUUUAUUGGCAAUUCUAGGUCUUUAAUAACUUGCAGUCAUGUCGAUAUGGAAUAGGUAAGGCGGUGUGAGGUGAAACAAAACUUGGUGUGAAUAUCACGCAAACCUGUGUUGCAGAAAAGGCCAACUGUCGGUGACAUCGUCUGGGGAAGAGAUUAAAGACCUAUUUAUAUGGAGAAAAGUUGUCUAAGGGAGAAGUGUCACCAGCCUACCUGAAAUACCCGGGCGAGCCAACGUUUCUUACAUUUCCUAACAAAACCUGGCUGCGAACCGUUUACAUGAGAACAAAAAGUUGGCCCGCCUAUCUGGGUCGCCUUUCGUGAUG